AUGACGACACGGGACCUCAUCAAGAUCCUUAACUUCUAUGGACGAUUUACACCGAGUUACACAAAGAUUGGCUACUUUGGUCGCGGGCUGUUUCUCAGAGGCUACCGGAAAGAGUAUUCGGGUCAGCGCUGGCUAAUCACCGGUGCAUCCGGCGGAAUCGGUCGGGCUCUAGUCAUUGCCGCAGCCAAAGCCGGGGCGGAAGUCGUGGCGGUAGCACGCAACGAGACGAAGUUGCAGGCGCUGCUGGCUGGCUUGCCGUCUGCAGUUCAGAAUCGAGUGAGCUACGAAGUUGCUGAUAUGUCGCUGCAAAGCGAGACGGAGCGACUGCGUGAUCGUCUUAUCGAAGCGGCACCAUUUGAUGUGCUGGUGAAUAAUGUCGGUGUGUUGUUUCCCGAAAUGCAACUAACCAGCGAAGGACGGGAAGCGACCUUCGUGACCAAUCUGCUUAGUCACUACAUUCUUACUGAGGCCCUGGCCGCUGGUGAUAGGAUUAACAAAGGUGGUGCCAUCAUCAAUAUGACCUCAGGCGGAAUGUACAACUCGCCAAUCGGAACACGGAAGCUGAAUGUGACAGAUGCCGAGAAGUACAACGGUAAAGUCGCCUACGGGGCACACAAGCGCGGCCAGGCUGUUCUGACCGGCUAUUGGAACGCCAAGUAUGGCGAAAAGGAAAUUCAGAGCUAUGUGAUGCACCCAGGUUGGACUAAGACCCCUGGCGUCAGGAGCGCACUGCCGGUGUUCUACAAGAUCCAGAACAUCAUCUUGCGUACGCCUUACCAGGGUGGUGAAACUGCGCUAUGGUUAGCAUCAACACGGCCGGCAACCAGUAACGACCCUGAUGGCGGUGUCUGGUUUGACCGGAGUUUACGUCCCGCCCAUAUGUUUGAUUUCACCAAGACCCCGCAAUGCACUGUUGAUCAGUUCGUCGCUUACCUCGACGACGAAGUCGAGCGCGGUCAAACCGCUUAG